CUUUCAGUGCCAAGGGGGUCGGAAAAAUUCAAAUUUUUCUGAGUUGAGCUGAACUCAAAUUUUUCAUAGCUCAGCUGUAUAUCCACGGAUCUUUACAAACGAUGGCUCUCUGGAAAGAUAUCAUGGCCAGGCAGACAGCUGUGAAGAGAUAUACGCAGCGAAAAUAGUCUUCCUCGCGAGGGCGCCUGAGCGAAGUCCGUUUUCUGCAUUUUCGUAGCAUCUGCACUUUCUCACGCGCGCGAUCGAUCGCAGUGCAGUCAACUUUCAACGCACGGAAUUCGGACAAAGUUGGCCUGAAAGCCGCUGAAAAUCUCGAUGUUUUGAUACCCAAUACGCAUGGGUUGCCGCGAAAGAAAUAGAGAAACCCGCGAUGCGCAUACGUCAUGUUUUCUACGGGCGACAAUUGUUUGUCCGAGCGCGCGCGCUUCAAGCUUCACCCUGGCGAUAUCUAUCCUCACGGACACAAAACGAUGUGAUGAGUCGAUAGCCAAGGUCUUCCUGAACACGUAGAGUGGUCGUUUGUAACUCUCCUGUGUGUAGAAGUGGAGAUACGAAUUUAUUUGUACACACAUACUCAUUUUGGGCGACUAAAGUCGCCCGUGGCACUGAGAGGGUUAAGGAUUCCCCGGCCCCACAGCUCAGGCUUGUGGCUCUCCAGAAUGAACUCUUUCUUCCUGUAGAUCUCCAGUUUCAGUAGUUUCAACCGCCAAGCACGUUUGGUUUUGAGUCACUGUCACUGUGUCAAGGUUUUGAAGAAUCUCCUAUAACUAUUACUUAUAAGCCCUAAUCGAAAGUUUGUCUCAGCUGGAUGAUCUAGGAAUGCAUCGAGGUCGUCCGAAACAACACCCGAGUGGGGACUACGGUUCCGCUCUAUGUCUUCAAGCGUUGACUAUUCUCAUCUUGGCGGCCGCGUGUGCAAAGAGCUCAUUCGUCAAUCUUCCUGGUGUUGUACCGAUCGCAGACAGAUGUUGGCCCUAUGCUUCGGACAGUGAGCGCGAACAGUUGUUCACCAGACAAAUCGUCAAUCAGAAGACGUUCUUUCGUACGACAGAAUCGUUCUGGUGUGCCAGCACCAAUGGCUUGACUGGUACUGUGCUCAGUUUGGAGAGUCUGAGUGAUUACAAUCUCGUUGAUCAGCCAAGUAAUGCUCAGCUGGUGCGCGUUCGUUGGAAUAAUGGUAUUGUGGCCGUUCACCGAAUGGGAAUCGGCUCCAAGUAUGACCUAGACACUCCUAGUUUUAGCUCGGAUGUGCUGGCCACAUUCACAACUGCGGAGCUGCAAGCGGCCCUCCGGCCGUCAACGGUUGUUAUGCCAACAAAAUACAAAUCUCCGUUGACGGACUGGCUGGAGAUCUGCAAUUCUGGGCUGACUGCUCGCUCUCUCCCAACGGGAACCUUUCACUCGUACAAUUCCACACGUGGCAUAGUCGUUGUCGAAUGGACAUCACUUUCACCCAGGAAUACUUCACUAGGGUUCCAUCGCUAUGGAAAUGGAGACUUUGAUCUGUGCUUCAGCGGUUGCACCAACUUUGGCCAGUAUGCAUUGACUGACAUUCGCACCCUAUUCCGGUCUUGCUCAAUCCUAGCACCCAGCCCGGACCUACUGAAGUCUGUUCCGAAUAGUGAUAUGACUAUUGGGAACCGGUCCGUUGUCGUUGGGCCUCACUUUGUCGGCAUACGUGUCCUCAACUCCACGAGCCAGUCCGACUUCAGCUACGUUCGUGCCAACACCACGUUCGCGCAUAUCGCAUUCAUCGACGUCCCGUCGACUGGUAUCUGCAUCUAUGACAAUGCGGCAUGUCCCACGUGGACAGACAUGCGCCUUGCUGACUUACUGGCACUCGUGCCAAAUGGUUCAGUGAUCUCCAGCCCCGUGGCGGGCAAGUGGAGAGGCACGGUGAUCUGGCCUCCCGGCGGAGUUAUAACUCAAGACCCAAGCGGCCUGAGCGAUGCAUAUCUAGCGGGCGUUAUGGGUGACCAGAUGAGAUUUGACUACUGCUUAUUAAAUUCUACACAGACCAUGUGCCCAAAGAGACCAGCGCAAGGGAAUACGGGACCAGGUUCCGCCGCCGCACCGCCUACACCAGCUCCUCCUCAAUGCACACUGGAUCUUGUCAGGCUCUUCUACUUAGUGCUCGUGCCUAUAUCGGCAGUGUGCAUCAUUUAUUUAUCACUCCGCAAGCCAGGAAAGCCAUUCCGCUUGCAGCUGAAGCUUUCAUCUGUGGUGCCGGCCAACUUGCUGGAUUUCCACUCCGACCGUUUGUUGAUUGCCGUGGCUUAUGUUGCCACGGUGCAGAUUGUGUUCCUGAUGUUCACUGGUCACUUGCAUCUUCACAUCACCACUGCUAACUCUGUUAUCCAAGAAAAAUGGCUUAGUGUUGUUGUGACAGUACUGUUGACGAUGGUCAUUGGCUUCAGCUUCUAUAGUGUGUUUGCUGGAAUGACUACUCAACAUCAGCCGGAGGGUGCCAUCAUGGGCUUGGUUGUCUCCGUCUUAUUCAUCGUCUUCUACAUUUUACGGAUCUCCUCCUGCGUUGUAUCCUCACGGACAAUCCUGAUUUUACAAGCAGCCCCUGCAUUACUUUGCCUUGUCAUACUGGCUGUGUACUUCAUCAUCCGCCUCGUCCAAUAUAUUCUGGCACUGGCCAAUAAGGAAGACAUGGCCAAUCUGCUAGCCCGUUACAACUUUGGCGGAAGCGUCAGACAUGAGCUACCAUAUCUCAGAGGCCUGCUGAAGCGGCAAUUUGCGGAGAAGAAGUUACGUGAGCAGGAGCGGGAAAUGGCCAAGGAGAAAGGAUCCCUGAAGCAGUCGGCAUUCCAGGGCGUGUGGGAAAAAGUUGUUUUCGCGGUGAAGGACAACUUCCCCACCCUUGCCGUAGGAGACACAUUCAGCUACUCUCCACUUUUCCUCAGCGCUAUAAUGCUGGGUCUUGUGUGUGUUUACAUGAUGCUUGUUGUUGUGGUGCCUCCCAUCUAUGAGUUCAUUAAACUUGCUGAUGCCCUGAGGCUUGUCGCAUCAAAUCAGCUCUCUAACGAUAUCGUAAUCUUGGUUCCAGCUGCUGUGCUGUUAUCGGCAGUCUUUGCUACUGUUCUCAUCAUCCUGCACUCAUUGCACAUGGUGAGGUGCUAUAAACGUCAUAUGCUUCAGUUAUACCGCGGUGAUAACGCAUUUAUUUCACGUGCUUGCAGUUCGACUGGAGAUCAACUGAAAGCGUAUGGUCGCUUCCUUGGUCUCCAGGCAGGUUAUAUCAUAUGGGGCUUCUACAUCAAGCUCUUUAUAUUUUUGUUUGUGCUGCUCAUCAUCACUGCGAUCAUUCUCCUGCUCAAGCACUUCGCUUUUGCACGUGAAUUCUUCUACUCGUAUAUCUUGACGGCCAUUGGGGUUUCUGUCGUGACGAGCGCCGUUACCGAUGUGUUGGUGGCAAUAACAAAGGACAGGACUUCACCGGGCAAAAUUGCAGUAAUCAAAUAUAAGGCCAUGUACCACAACGUUGUAUACUUCUUUGUUUUCUACCACGUGGUGAAAGGUGUAAUAAGUGUUCUGCUACGAUUGAUUUCCGUGGCCGCUUUCAACACAGUCAUGCUUGUGAAACUAAACCGACCUCUCAUGCCUCGUGGAUGGGAACAAUAUGAUUCUGGUUAUGCUUCCUAUUGUGGAUUCCUGCUAAUAGAGUUAGCGCACACACACCCGUGCAUGCUGGCAUUCAUAGCUUUGCUCCAGGAAGAAGUGGAUCGUCCCAUUUCGACGAAAACAACAAAAGCUGCCAAACGUUGGCAUAUGGCUUACACCCUGGUUCGGAACCCGGAGCUCGUCGCUCUGCGAAACAAUAGCCUGAAGCGGAGUGCAGAACAGGAUUUAAAACAACGGAAGAAUGUGAUGAAUACGCUUUCUUUGACCAUAUCGAGUGAAUGCCUUUUUCGAGAGGAUGCUUCGCCGAGUCCGAGUUCUGAAUUGGGUGAUGUGCCGCUCCGAUCGCUUGGCCUGCAAACUUCAUCUCCUUUGGCACAACAUGUCGAGGAAGUGUAGUGUGUACAUUCUGUGUGAGAAGUGCCUAUCGCCCCUUGCUUGAUGCAUGGCACAUAACCUAUUUGCACUACCUAGACUCGGAGUUGCCGGUUAUGAGUGAAGAGGAGUCCGAGGCAGAGUGUUUUUUAUAUAUAUUUUUUAUUUUAUUUUAGAAUUGUUAACGGUCCAGUAAUGCUACAGUCUCUCUUCUCUUCUCCAUACGCUCUCAGCCGACAUGUUGCUACCCUCGGUAGCCAUUACACACACCCAAAAUUCAAAGCAACGAAGUGGUUACGGGUACUUCAGGUCUUGCUACUGAUAACAUUGCUUCUGACAGCUGUUUCGCCUACGACUAAAGGCUCGUCAGAGAAGGUUAUCCUGAAUAGGAUAUUGUAAUUGACAUGGCAAAUAUUUAUGCGGUAUAUUGCGGUAUAUCGGUUUUCCAUUUUUUUUAGUUCACUCAACUCGUGGACCCCACCAUGACCAAUUGGCACACAAAAAGUGCGAGAGAGGAGUCUUGAGUCGUGUCU